AUGGUUGUCGAAUCAGACGAUUCUGGUUUUCGCCAACUGGAAUACUUCUCUUUAGUUUCAAAAGUAUGCACAGAAUUAACAAAUCACUUGGGUUUAGAUGAUAAAGUCCUGGCUGAAUUUGUUAUUCAUUUGGCUAAGAAAAAUCCAACGUUUGAAAAAUUCAAAAGUGCUUUGGAAAGGAAAGGCGCAGAGUUUACAGACCCAUUAAUAGCCAGUAUUUUACGUCUAGUUGAGAAAAUGCUCCCCAAGAAGGAAAAAGUUAUUAAAAAGAAGACACUAACAUCUUCAUCCAACAAGAAAGAUUCAGAGGUAGAUGUUGUCAAAAACAAACUAGAAUUAAGAAAGCGACUUUUACCUGCGUUGUGUAUGCCAAAUAAAGAUCCAAACGAUGAGCGAUUAAAUUUAGAAUCUGAAAAUGUAGAACCAUGCGGUGAUAAUGGUAAAAAGGACGGGAUUCGUAACAAAUUCGUUCAUCCUGAUGAACUGGAAGAGGAAUCCCAUAAUAAUAAUGACAUCAAUGAUAAAAAUAAUUGUGUAGAUGAUGUUGAAGCUUUGGCUAUGAUUAAAGACUUAGAAUUAUUGUUAUCCGGUGCUAAAGAAGCAUCCUUAUCCAAGUCAAAGCCAUGUGACGAAAAGAAAAGUGAAGAUAGACGUGCUCGUCGUUCACAUUCUAAAUCUCCUCAUCGUUCACGACAUUCAAACAGAAGAGCUCACCAAAGAAAUCCUGAUGCAUCUAGUGAUUAUCGUGGUCAUCGUAAAAAGUCCAGAUCACCUCAUGGAAAAGAAUCCAGAUCCCCAUCGCCCCACUCCUCCAGACAUCGAUCUAAGGAUUGUUCUCCAGCUAGCAAAUCGUCUUAUCAUAGAGACCGAUCACGAACUGAUCGUACUUCACCUAAAAGGUAUUCCCGUGGUUCAAAUAGUCCAAAUUAUGAAAAUAAACGACUCAAAGAUCUUCCUUCAGAACCUGUUGUGGGCGAUAUCUAUCGUGGUAGAGUUACAAAUGUGCUAGCAUUCGGAGCUGUUGUUCAGUUAGAUGGACUUCGUAGGAGAUGGGAAGGUCUGGUGCAUAUUUCUCAGCUACGUCAAGAAGGCCGUGUAGCUAGUGUUGGCGAUGUUGUUAGUCGUAAUCAAAAGGUCUGGGUAAAAGUUAUCUCGUUCACUGGUACUCGAACUGGUCUUAGUAUGCGUGAGGUGGACCAAGAGACUGGCACCGAUUUGAAUCCUUCACGCUUACCUGAGAAGAAGUUCAAUAAUUCUAGUGAAUUGUUAGAUAAAGAUAAAAUACGUCUCGUAGAUGAAGAGGAUAUCGAUGGUGUUCGGAAUCCUGAUCGUCCUGCAGCUAACUCUGGACCAGGAUUUUUCGGUAGACGUAAAGAAAUGGGAUUUGAGGAAGACAUUGAAUCUGGUCCAAAACGGAAGGUUCAACGAAUCAGUAGUCCGGAACGCUGGGAAUUAAAACAAAUGAUGUCAGCUGGUGUGAUUGAAAAGACAGAAUUACCUGAUUUCGAUGAAGAGACUGGACUUUUACCACGCGAAGAUGAAGAAUCUGACGAAGAUAUUGAAAUUGAACUUGUUGAAGAUGAACCACCAUUUCUUAAGGGUCAUGGUCGACAUGCAAUGGAUUUGUCUCCAGUUAGAAUAGUCAAGAAUCCAGACGGAUCAUUACAACAAGCUGCUAUGAUGAGACAGGCUCUACAAAAAGAAAGACGUGAAAUGAAACAACAAGAAAGGCAAAACCAAGUAACAGCUGAACGGGAGACUGCUCCUGAACGAAUGGGUAAAGAUUGGCAUGAUCCAAUGGGGUUUACAUUGGACAAUGAACCACAGUUUUCAGGUUCACGUUCGGCUGACCAGUUUAAAGAUGUACCGGAAUGGAAACGUGCUGUUCAAGGGGGUACAAGAACUGGAGCUGUUGGUAAAAAGAUAGUACGCUCUAUUCUUGAACAGCGUCAAGCUUUACCCAUAUUUAGACUAAAAGAUGAAUUAAUGAAGGCAGUGAAUGAUAAUAAAGUAUUGAUUGUUAUUGGAGAAACUGGUAGUGGGAAGACUACACAAAUAACACAAUAUUUAGCUGAAGCAGGUUAUGUUAACACUGGCCGCAUUGGAUGCACUCAACCACGUCGAGUUGCAGCUAUGUCUGUAGCUAAACGAGUAUCUGAAGAAUUUGGUUGUCGUCUAGGGCAAGAAGUUGGUUAUACAAUACGUUUUGAAGAUUGUACUGCACCAGAGACAAAAAUCAAAUACAUGACAGAUGGUAUGCUAUUACGUGAAUGCCUUAUUGAUCCGGACUUACGCCAAUAUUCAGUAAUUAUGUUGGAUGAAGCACAUGAAAGAACAAUACAUACAGAUGUAUUAUUUGGUUUAUUGAAAAAGGCUAUUCAAAAACGAGAUGAUAUGAAGUUGAUUGUCACUUCAGCUACUCUUGAUUCAGUCAAAUUUUCUCAGUACUUUUUUGAAGCUCCUAUAUUUACUAUACCUGGUCGUACAUAUCCUGUUGAAAUAUUGUAUAGUUUAGAGCCGGAAAAUGAUUAUCUAGACGCUGCACUCAAUACAGUUAUGCAAAUUCAUUUAACUGAACCUCCAGGAGAUAUUUUAGUAUUUUUAACUGGUCAAGAAGAAAUCGACUCUGGUUGUGAACUUCUUUAUGAACGUAUGAAAGCUUUAGGUUCUGAAGUACCUGAAUUAAUCAUUUUACCAGUUUAUGCCGCUUUACCAUCUGAAAUGCAAUCGAGAAUUUUUGAUCCUGCACCUCCAGGCUCUCGUAAAGUAGUGAUUGCUACAAAUAUUGCUGAAACAUCUCUAACAAUUGAUGGAAUUUAUUAUGUUAUUGAUCCAGGUUUUGUAAAACAAAAAGUGUACAGUAGUAAAUCCGGUAUGGAUCAACUUAUUGUCACACCAAUUUCACAGGCUCAAGCUAAACAACGUGCUGGACGUGCAGGUCGUACAGGUCCUGGAAAAUGUUAUCGUUUGUAUACUGAAAGAGCCUACAGAGAUGAAAUGUUAGCGACUAAUGUACCAGAGAUUCAAAGAACAAAUCUAGCAAGUACAGUUUUACAGUUGAAAGCCAUGGGUAUAAAUGAUUUAUUGUCAUUUGACUUUAUGGAUCCUCCCCCAUUACAGACACUUGUCGCUGCUAUGGAAACUUUACAUGGUUUAUCUGCUCUGGAUGAUGAAGGAUUGUUGACACGUCUUGGAAGAAGGAUGGCUGAAUUCCCUCUUGAACCAAUGCUUUCUAAAAUGUUAAUUAUGUCAGUGCAUUUACAAUGUUCUGAAGAAGUAUUAACUGUCGUUUCAAUGCUAUCUGUUCAAAAUGUUUUCUAUCGUCCUAAGGAGAAAACUGAAUUGGCUGAUCAACGUAAAGCGAAGUUUCAUCAACCUGAAGGUGAUCAUCUUACUCUAUUGGCUGUAUACAAUGCAUGGAAGAAUAAUAAAUUCUCUGCUCCAUGGUGUUAUGAUAAUUUUCUACAAGCAAGAACAUUAAAACGUGCUCAAGAUGUACGUAAACAAUUGCUUGGUAUUAUGGACAGACAUAAACUUGAUGUAGUUUCAUGCGGUAAAAAGACUGCAUUAGCACAGAAAGCAAUUUUGUCUGGAUUCUUUCGUAAUGCUGCAAAGAAAGAUCCACAAGAAGGUUAUCGUACUCUGGUUGACCAACAAGUUGUUUAUAUUCAUCCAUCAUCUGCAUUAUUUAAUAGACAACCAGAUUGGGUUGUCUAUCAUGAAUUAGUUAUGACUACUAAAGAAUAUAUGCGUGAAGUGACCACAAUUGAUCCAAGAUGGUUAGUAGAAUUUGCACCGAAUUUCUUUAAAUUUGGCGAUCCAACUAAAUUAUCACGUACUAAAAAAUCAAUGAGAAUUGAACCAUUAUUUAGUAAAUUUGAAGAAAAAGAUUCAUGGCGUAUUUCACGUGUUCCAAGGAAAUUUCAUGUUAAAGUUACAUUUUAA